AUAUCCUGUUUGUAUCAGGCAUACUUCAGUACAUUGACAAGCCUUGGUGAAAAGAAUUUAUUUUGGACUAGUGACUGCAGCUUCCAACAUUGAAAGCCAUUUACAUCUCAUGACAGCACCUGUACCAUUGAGCCGUUUGGUAUUACCAGAGGAACAAGUUCCUUGUCCUCAGGAAAGGAAACAUUUUUCAAACAUCUUUUCUUCAGACAUUUGUUUACCAGAUUUAGAUUUUUUCACAAGGACAUUUGGGACUUCAAGAAAAGAUUCUUGGUCCAAAUCCACCAUUAGUUUCUUUCAAAACUAUGAAAAGGUGGGUGGUCACUGUGGGAAAAGAAAACAAUGUCGACCAUCUAGCAGAGCACAAAAAUCUUGUUCAUCUGUUGAUCACAAAGGACUUGACAGCACAAGUGCAGAUAAGCGCUAUCAGCAACGACAACUCAUUAAGAUUUGGUCUGUGCUGAAAACAGAUGAGGAAAGGCAUGCAAUGGAAACUGCAGUCAUGGAUCUCAAGCCACUAGAGAGCUUCAUUUCCCCUCAGCAUCCUGGAAAGAAAAGUUCAUAGUGUGUUGUAUUUUGAAAGUGAAAUACUUUUUUCUCAAUAUGUUAAAAAUUCAUCUGGAAAACAGUUUCUUCUUGCUAUAUGACAACAAACACGAUAUUGAUAGCAUUCAUUCCAGUCUUCAUAACAUGGGAAUUCCAUUCUAAUGGUUUUAUGACUUGUCACCAAUUAUCAAUUUUUAUUCAAGUUAUAUUGCAUGUUUUGUGUUCAUAAUUAAAUUACUGUAGAUGUUAAUUUUUCACAGAUUGUGGGAGAUGAGUAAUUUCUACAUUUUUUACAAUGAUUAUAAUUCAUUCAUAAAUUGUUUAACAUGUAAAAUGAGUAUACGUUUGUUAAAGUCUGCCAGUCAGUACAGAAGUCAUAUCACUGACAAGGCGACAUAGCACCACUUGAAUAUCCCCUGUGGUGUUUGUAGAGACAAACUGGACUUGUGAAGUAAAAUAUAAUUUUAGUGGGUGUCAAACUGAUAAAACUGUCCAUACCUCCAAUUUUGAGGUUGUUCAAUAUUUAUUGUAAUUGUUUGUUAGAAAUAAGACUGAAGGUGUAACUAUCUAAAGUGUAUCUAGCAGUGAUUGGUUUGGUAGUUAUUCAUUCAUCCACAAGUUAUUUUCAAAAUGCUAUCAGACAUGUCAUCUUAACUGAAGGAGAACACAAUUUAUUUGAAAAUAUGUAACUGAUUUAUGCCUGUGGGUAAUACUAUGAAAAGGGAAGGAUUUAUUAAGUUUGUAAUGCUUCCUGUUCCUUUGUUUAGUGGCAAAUCAACACAGCUUUCAUCAUCAAACUCUCAUUGUGUAUUGUUCAUACUUGAGUCUAAAUGUUUUUAUUUUUAUGUUAAUACUUCAGUGUAAAGUGACAAAUGUUAGGUCUAUAAAUAGGGAAUUAGCAUUACAGUAAUAUUACCUUAUUUAGAAAUACAUCAGCACUAUUACUUUGUAUCGGGCCCUUGAUAAUACUUCUUACAUUCUGUUGAAUUCCUUGGCCUAUAUGAAAAAAACUGAGUUAGCAAAUCACCACAAUGAAUUAUAGCAUGAGUGAAGCAAAAUGUUGAAAUUGUCCAUCAGAGGUCCAUGUCUUAGCACUGUAGAGUUAGAAUCAUUAAAUUAUGACAGUUUUUGGUUGAA